CGCCCUGUCAGCACCGGGCCCGGCCCCUCGGUCCCCCCCGCCCGGCUCUGGGGGGCCCGGAAAAGUUCCCAGGAGCAGCUCGUGGCUGCUCGGGGAGGGAUGUAGGAGGCCCGCGGGCCGGGGGCAUGUGGGCAUGGCAGGGGUAGCCGCGCCGGGGCUGUGGAGCGGUGCCCGGGGGGCCGCCGCGCACCCUCCUCGCGGGGGGCGCGGGGUCUGACCCUCCUCCGCCUCUCGUCACGCUGCCGCCGCCGCCGCAGGAUGGAGUGCUAGUCGCCCGCCACGGCAGGAACCUCGGGGGGAAAGGGGGGGAUCCCGCCCCGCCCGUCCCCGUCCCGUCCGCCGGUCGGCUCCAUGAAGACGUGAAGCCCCUUGAGCUUGAUGCGCUUUGAGGCGGGCCGCCUAGGAUGACGCCUGACUCGUGCUAAAGAGUAGCAAACUUCGUGGGGGUUUCGGUCCUUUUUUUUUUUCUUUUUUUCCGGCCUGGCCCAAUGACCGCUUGACCCAGUCGCUAAUCCAGCCUGAGGGCGGGUUUUUUUUUGGUUUUUUUUUGGGUGGUUGUUUUUGUUUUUGUGUUUUUUUUGAAUGUCGCUCUGUGGCACGACGGCCAACGCAAAAAUGAUGGCGGCUUACAAUGGCGGUACGUCUGCGGCAGCAGCGGGUCACCACCACCACCAUCAUCACCACCUUCCUCACCUCCCUCCUCCUCACCUCCAUCACCACCACCACCCUCAGCAUCACUUGCAUCCCGGCUCCGCUGCUGCGGUACAUCCCGUACAGCAGCAUGCCUCUUCGGCGGCUGCGGCAGCGGCGGCUGCGGCGGCGGCUGCGGCAAUGUUAAAUCCAGGGCAACAGCAGCCAUAUUUCCCAUCACCGGCACCGGGUCAGGCCCCUGGACCGGCUGCAGCGGCCCCAGCUCAGGUACAAGCUGCAGCAGCUGCUGCAGUUAAAGCGCACCAUCAUCAGCACUCACAACAUCCACAGCAGCAACUGGAUAUCGAACCGGACCGACCUAUCGGAUAUGGAGCCUUUGGUGUCGUCUGGUCAGUAACAGAUCCGCGAGAUGGAAAGAGAGUUGCACUCAAAAAGAUGCCCAACGUCUUCCAAAAUCUGGUCUCUUGCAAAAGGGUCUUCCGGGAAUUGAAGAUGUUGUGUUUUUUUAAGCAUGACAAUGUACUCUCUGCCCUCGACAUACUCCAGCCUCCGCACAUAGACUACUUUGAAGAAAUAUAUGUUGUCACCGAACUGAUGCAGAGUGACCUCCAUAAGAUUAUCGUCUCUCCUCAGCCACUCAGCUCGGAUCACGUCAAAGUUUUUCUUUACCAGAUUUUAAGAGGUCUGAAAUAUCUACAUUCUGCUGGCAUUUUACAUCGAGACAUUAAACCAGGGAACCUACUUGUGAACAGCAACUGUGUUCUUAAGAUUUGUGAUUUUGGAUUGGCCAGGGUGGAAGAAUUAGAUGAAUCUCGCCACAUGACUCAGGAAGUUGUCACUCAGUAUUAUCGAGCUCCAGAAAUCCUGAUGGGCAGCCGUCACUACAGCAAUGCUAUUGACAUCUGGUCUGUAGGCUGCAUUUUUGCAGAACUACUUGGACGAAGAAUACUGUUUCAGGCACAGAGUCCAAUUCAGCAGUUGGAUUUGAUCACAGAUCUUCUGGGAACACCAUCACUGGAAGCAAUGAGGACGGCUUGUGAAGGCGCCAAGGCACAUAUACUCAGGGGUCCUCAUAAACAGCCAUCCCUUCCUGUCCUAUAUACACUUUCCAGCCAAGCUACACAUGAAGCAGUUCAUCUCCUUUGUAGGAUGUUGGUCUUUGAUCCAUCCAAAAGAAUAUCUGCUAAGGAUGCCUUAGCUCACCCGUAUCUUGAUGAGGGGCGAUUGCGAUAUCACACAUGUAUGUGUAAAUGUUGUUUUUCCACCUCUACUGGAAGAGUUUAUACCAGUGACUUUGAACCCAUCACUAAUCCCAAAUUUGAUGACACUUUUGAAAAGAACCUCAGUUCUGUUCGGCAGGUGAAAGAAAUUAUUCAUCAGUUCAUUUUGGAACAGCAGAAAGGAAACAGAGUACCUCUCUGCAUCAACCCUCAGUCUGCUGCUUUUAAGAGCUUUAUUAGGUAACUUUCCACUGUUGCUCAGCCAUCUGAGAUGCCACCAUCUCCACUGGUUUGGGAGUAAAAGUGGAAGAUAAUAUACUACUGAAGAUGUAAUGUAGCUUUCCACUGGAGUCUGGGAUUUGCAAUUCUGGAGGUUAAUCAUGCUUGUACUGUAAUUUUACUAAUGAAGUUUUAAAUUAACAACCACUACUUGUAUGAUAUGAAUAAUAUUUAGCAAUGUACUAGACUUUUAAUCUUGUAAAGUGGUUGUGCUUUUAGAAGAAAAUAUUUUACCCAGAGUUGCACAUGUUUUAUGAAUUCUUGUGCAGCUGUGAUGGCUCAGCUCAGAACAAACAGAAUUUAACCAAAUUUGGGGAGGUUAUUUUUUGUUCUGUGUUUUUGGUUUUUUUUGGUUUUUUAAAUUGAGGUAAGACUGUACAAAAAGACAGACAGACGUACAUUUUGAUAUUGAGCCAUUCCUCAAGAUUUGGGAUUUUCUAAAAUUUAAGGAAUACAGAGAACUUGACUGCGACCAAUCAUGAAGUCUCAUCAGACGACAGUGACCAGACUAUGAAUGGGCACGUCAUCUGAUGAUCAAAUCCUAUAAAUAGCUUCUCACUAGAGCUGUGAUGGUGAUGUGUGCUGUUCUAAAAUCAAAUGUUGUGAGUAGAGAGAAUGAGUUUGUGACUAGGAGAGACUAAACUUCUGUUUCCUUACCCAGUAUAAAUAUAUAUAUAUUUAAUCUAUUUUUAUUAGAAGUUUUUCUGCUCUUUCUUACAUAACCCCCCCCAAGCAUGCAUCUUCUAUGUGUGUAAAUAAUUCCAUUUAUGGGCUAAUUUCAAAGAACCAUGACAUCAUUGCUGUAUAGAGAGAAACUAGCUUGCACAUUUUAGGUCUGUGAAAUUUUGUGAGAAAUUUUUCCUGCACUGGACAGUUGAGAGAAGAAAAAAAAAAAAAAAGAAAAAGGAAAAAAAAAAAGCACAUAGGGAAUUAUGUUAAUUGUGUUUGUGUCUUUAGGCAAAGCUGUGGAAGUCUUGAAAUGUCACAGUAGUAAAUAACUUUUAUUACUUUUUGGCUAAUUCUUUUUCUGUUGGAACACUGAAUUCUGUGCAUAUGUAUAUAUGAACACAAAUUGAAGGCCUCUACCUCCUGGAGUAUACAACUUGGUUUGUUUACCUCCACAUGAUUAUUUUUUUUUUUAAGUUCAGUGUGGAGACUUGAAACUUGAAUGUCCCUUCCAACUUUUAUAUUUAAAACAAGACAAGAAAAUUGAAGACUGUUUUUCACCUGUACAAAGAAAUACUAAAGGGUGGUCUUAAAUUUUGAGCAUAGGUCUGGGGAGAAACCUUGGUGUUUGUUAUGGACAAUUAACUGUUAAAGUUAUUGUAAGUUAUCUGUAUUUAGCAGAGUAUUUUCAACAAGAGUGAUCUGAGCUGAAAUUGGAGACUAUUAGUAAGUUAUGUUUGGAAGUUUUAACUUCAAUGAAGUAAUUAUUUGCUGUGAAAGAGACAAACGUUGAAUUACUAAACAAAGAUGGUGCAAUAUCUUUGUUUUUUAUGAGGCUCCUGUGAAUAAAAACAACUGAAGCAUUUCACUUCA